AUGUUCGGAUUCAUUCUCAAAGAUCGGACGUACGACAUUCUCGAUGUAAACAGUCUAAGGGAGCCCACUCUUGCAGAAAAUGCAAUCGACGAGCUCGUUAUGCGCCCAGAGAGGAACAAAGAUAUGAUCAAAGCCAUCGUCAAAACAUACACCGAUAGCGAUAGCCAAGCCGAACUCAUGGGUGUCGACUUCAUACGCGGAAAGGGCGAAGGUCAAAUAUUUCUCUUGCAUGGACCACCAGGGACUGGAAAGACACUUACAGCUGAAUCUGUCGCAGAAUACACAAAACGACCGCUGCUUAGUAUAACAGCAGCUGAUCUAGGGCACGAACCUAUCGAACUAGAGCAAAACCUUCUACGGUUUUUCAAGAAUGCGGCAGCCUGGGAUGCAAUAGUGUUGUUAGAUGAAGCAGACAUCUAUCUCGCGCAACGGUCUUCCGAGGAUCUAAGACGUAACGGCAUCGUUUCCAUCUUCCUGCGUGCGCUCGAUUACUUUGAAGGAAUUAUAUUCUUCACAACGAAUCGGGUUGGACACUUUGAUGAAGCAUUCAUGUCACGAAUACAUGUGGCUAUCAAUUACGAGCCGUUAGACGAUCAAGCUCGAGAACAGAUCUGGGAUUCCUUCUUCAGACGACUCAAAGAAAACCAUAGGGAUGGAGGACCGAGGAUCGACUACGACUACGACGCUAAGCAAUACGUACGAAAAAGCGAAGAGGUCAAAAGUCUCCACUGGAACGGGCGAGAGAUACGGAACGCUUUCCAGACUGCUGUUGCUCUCGCAAUCGCUGCCUCAAAAACAGCAAAGCAAAAGGGUCGCCCGGAGGCGGAUUGCGUUCCCCAACUUACAGAAGCGCACUUGAGUCAAGUAGUGCAAUUAUCUGCAGCUUUCAAGGCGUACAACAAGGCAACGCACGAGGACAUGACUGAAGCUGACCGAGCGUUCAAGCUCGGGAACCGGUACGAUCAACCUGAUCGCAACGAGUAG